CGAUAAGAGGGUUUAUUCAAGCAUGAAUUCGUGAUAUUUGCGUCGUUAAAGGGUUUAGUGUCUUUUCUAAGUUGAAGGAAACAUACGUGCCUUAUUAGCGACAGAUUUACGAACGAAUGAAACGCGAAUGGCUGGAAGUGAUUUUAGACUUCCGUUUUUACCGGGCUAUUCCUCCAGUCCUGCACUAAGUAAGAGAAAUACACCAGAAGUCAUUUUCUAUCCUACGUGCGUUUCAACGCAAUCGGCGUAUUCUAAAUAUUUAUUCGAAAAUGAUAUAUUUAAAGGUAAGAGUUUACCCAUAUUGAGGUUUUAUGCUUCUUUCGACGAUCGAGGGGAGCCAGCGAUGGACCACAUGAAGUUUAGAGAGUGUCAUGUGCUUUAUUUUGUAGAGGAUGGAACAAUGAAGGUUUUCGAGCCUAGACAAAGAAAUACAGGAUUUUUGCAAGGAUGCAUUUUGAACAGAAACAGGAUGCCUAAGCCUGAAGGUGGAUAUUAUGCACUUGAAGAUCUAAAUGUGGGAGAAACCCUAGUCUUAUUUGGAAAGUCCUUUAAGUUAUUAGAUUGCGACAACUUUACUCGAACUUUUUUGACAGAAAUGGGUUUUCGAGUGAAGGCUCCAGAACCUGGUAUGAAAGAUCCAGUUCUUGCUGAUCGAGAACAGGCUGACAAACCGCAAACGUGCAAACGCAGACCGGGACAUAAAAACUUCGCAUUAAGAACAUUUUGCAGAAAUUUUCCUAAUGUUUUGCAUUUCUUUGGCAUCUAUGAACGCAGUGCUUCCCAUCUUGAAGAUAAAAGAUUUAUUUCUCUGUAUUACAGUCUAACUGAUGACACUAUCAAAAUAGUCGAUGCACAGAAAAUUCCAGAAUACAAGCAUUGUCUUCGGAAUGGAGCGUAUGAUAAUUAUGUUAUUCUUAGGCCUACGCGCGUUCCCAAGAAUAUGACUCAAAUAAAUUUUCCUGGCGACAUAUGUGAUCCAGUAGUACUGAACUUAAGUGCGAAAAAUAAAGACACGCGUUUGAGAGAAUUGCUGCUCAGUAGUCAGAAUAAGAUGGAUAAAGGCGCGUUUAUCACAGAUUCAAAUCCUCUGCUAGAAGAGAAGAAUUCAAUUCAAUACUACAGUUCUAAAGACUUAGAUUUAGGUACUGCCAUAAAUAUAUUUGGUGCCCGAGUUUAUCUGUAUGACUGCGAUGAAUUCACAAAAGAAUUUUAUCGAACUGAAUUUAACAGAGAGUUAGUGCCUGUGACGUUACCUAAAAUAGAACACCCUAAGUAUCACAAAUUGGUUUAUCCACAGCAACUCGGUUCGCAAGAGGAUAGCCUGAUUACCUGUCAUGGAGUCGAAUCCAUAAAAGGAAAAAGGGAUUUCGUUCUAAAUUAUGAACUGUCUAAAAAGGUUCCUGAAAGAGAACCUCGACUCAAACAGCAACUGAAGUUCUUUUUGAAUUGCAGAGAUGGUUGUGAUGGCAAAGAACUACGGUACUUGGCACACAUAUUAACAAAUGAAGUGUUAAAGAAAAAUCAAAUUUUAAUCAUUAAAUAUUUCCUUGAAGAUGACACUGUUGAAAUCAUUGGACCACAUAUGAAUUUCUGGAUCAUGUCUAAGGAGAACAAUAGGUAUAUGAAGCGUAUGAAACUGGUGAAACCCUCAUGUCAGCCAACAAAUUCAAAUCACUGCUACUAUUCAGCAAAAGACAUAUAUGUUGGAAACAUAAUAUGCGUUGAAAAUGAAGCAGUUUGCAUAUGUGAUGCUGAUGAAUAUACGUUUGAUUACAUGGAAAACCACUGCGAUAUAUUCGUCCAUUCAAAUAUAGCACAGGUAAAAUCAACUUUCAAAACAUUCCUUAAAGAUAAAGCCAUAAUUAUGAAAACUGCUUUCGGAAACGCGGAUGCUGGGAAAACUGGUUUUAUAAACUACGAUGAUUUUAAGACUAUUUUGUAUCAAAAUCUGCCUGAAGAUAUCCGUGAGAAGAUUCCAGAACAGCAAAUAGUGACACUUGCACGUCAUUUUGCUUAUGAAGAAGAUGUCGGAUUAAAAUUUGAGGAUCUUCUUUCCAAAAUGCAAACCGAAAUUCGCAAGAAAAGAUAUCAAGAAUUUGAGAAGUUAAAACUGCAGUUCGAAAUCUUUGAUAUGGACAACAGUGAAAAUAAAGGAUAUUUCAAGCCUUCGGUGGUGUACGACAUACUGAGAUCUAACCCUCUUCCAGUUAACAGAGAUUUGAUAAAAUGUUUUAUUUUAAAAUUUCCUACUCACAAUGGUUUGAUUGAUUAUACUAAGUUAGUAAAUUAUCUGGAUUACAUAAAAAACCCCACAAAGUUAUCAGAUAUGAUGCCAUCUGCUAUCAACAUUAACUGGAGGGGAAAUGAGAAGAUAAAAUUAAUUCAAAAGAUAUGUUAUGACAGUUUCUUAAAAAACCUCACUAAAGAAAAGUGCCCUAAGUGUGAAUGCUAAUUUUUUUAACUUAGUGAUUAAUCAACUGCAAUUUAUAUGUUAUAAAUUCUGAAUUAGAAAUACUUUGACAGUUAAAUCUACAGGGUUAUUAGUUGCUCAUAUCGAUUAAUGUUGUUAAUUAUUAAGUUUAUAAUGCUAUCUCUAGUUACUAAUUAUACUUAC